AUGGAAGUUGGGAGUGAUCUAGAGGCACUACAGGAUAUCUCGGACUGGAAGAUAAGGGUUUUGACAAGGACUGGUCCAUCACCAUCUCCGUCGGAGAAUCCUCUCAGAGACCUGUGGCAACCAGAUGACAGAACUGUGAUUAUAGUAGAGGAUAUAUCUUCCCCCAAUAUCUUGAAUUUCGGUACUGGAUCAAUUGUAGCUUCCAGGCUUCCUCGUCAAUUCUUCAUUGAACUUCAAUCCAGGUAUGGGAAUCAGUUUUUUGUCUCAGAUGAGGGAUACCAAACAGCCCUUUUGAACACGAUAGAUGCUAUUAAGCAAUGCCUUGUAAAGGAAGAUGGAUGCAAUACAGUUCCCGGUUUAACAGAUGAUCUGUAUUUUCUUACCCUUGCAACUUCGAUGGCUGGGGGUGCAGUUUUUGGGUUUGCAGCCCGCUUGACCCCUCAGGGUAGAGUGGAUGAGUCAUGGCAAUGGGUUGUUCUUCUCUCUCCUCUGUGGGUUUUGUUGUUUGUUUUGCUUGGAAUACUUCCAAUAGUGGGGAGGACUUCAGAUUUGGAGCCUGUUUUGAAGAAUGGCUUUGGGUUCUUAGGAGCUGCAGCUGCAUUUUAUCUGACACCCCUUUUUGGGAAAUCCCCUAUUGGAAAAAAUCAGUAG